GGAAGAGCACCGCGACUUGCCAGUAGCGGAGAGCGCUCUUUCUCAAAACCGGGACUCGAAAAGAUCCAAUGAGCCAACGCAGAUUGAAACAACUGUCUGAUGUCCAUUUAUAUUCUGCACGAAUUUGAUUUGAAAAAACAAUGAAGAAAAACUUCUAAAGAGGUGCACGGGAAUGCUGCAGAAAAACAAACCCUGAAGGAUGACAAAAAUGGGCUAUGUGGAUCCAACAGCUAGUCGCUCUCUCUGUUUCAUCUUCAUCUGUGUUUUCAUCAUGGUAGCACUGGGGCUGCAGAUGCUUCACGUGGAGAACUACAUCAAAAGGUCUCUGGAGCCCUCCCAUGGGGUUUUGGAGUUCAAUUCCAUAUCGUGUCAAAUGCUAAGGAAGGAAAUCCUGGAUGUAAAGGUCCUCUCUAUGGUGAAUACCUCAGAGUUGUUUAAGAAAUGGAGAAAUAUGCAGGUAUGCAAGUGGGAGCAGAACAAGGAAGAGACCAACAACUUCACGAUGUCUCUGUCUCAGUGCUGUAAUGCAUCCUCCUUCCUGUUCACCACUAAGCGCAACACGCCAUCAGGCACCAAGCUGCGCUAUGAAAUCGGUGGAUCCCUGGUCAUCAGCCCAGAGAUAUUUAAAAUGUUCCCUGAUGACAUGCCCUAUUCAAGAUCAGAGUUUAAGCGCUGUGCCGUCGUUGGGAAUGGAGGCAUUAACAUAAACAGCACAUGUGGAAAAGAGAUCGACUCAGCUGACUUUGUCUUCCGGUGCAACAUUCCACCUGUGUCUGAUAAAUACUCUGCCGAUGUGGGAUCGAAGACUAACUUUGUCACUAUCAACCCAAGCAUCAUCAUGAAGAGGUUCCAAAACUUAGAGAAAUGGCGCAGGCCAUUCUACGAAGCCCUGCAGUCGUAUGGGAAUGCCUCCAUCGUGCUGCCCGCCUUCUACCAAUGGCAAAACACUGACAGCAUUUCCUUUCGUGCCAAGUACGUGGUGGAUGACUUCAGGUCACCAGCUGGUGUGUUCUUCUUCCAUCCGCAGUACCUUCUCAACGUGCAGCACUUCUGGAAACUGCAGGGAGUGCACGCCAACCGGCUGAGCACCGGCCUCAUGCUCGUCACCGCAGCCAUGGAGCUGUGUGAGGAGGUGCACCUGUACGGCUUCUGGGCCUUCCCCACGAACCCGGCGGGUGUCUCCAUCACGAACCACUACUACGACGACGUCAAGGCGAAGCCGGGCGUCCAUGCUAUGCCGCACGAGCUGCUCCACUUCCUGCACAUGCACACGCGAGGCAUCCUGCACAUACACACACAGCCCUGCAGCUGAUCACCCAAAACACUGAACGCAAUCAUGGGGCAACAUGGGCACACUCACAAACAUGUAUACACACACACACACACACACAGAUGGACACACAUACAAUGCACACACAUAAACACACACACACACACACACAUACACAGAUGGUGUUGGAUGAGGCAAAAAUGAAAACUAAUACAACUGCAAAGAGACGAUGUAAGCAUUGGGUGCAGCAUCAAAUUUGUGAAGUUGCAGGUCAUGUUUUACUUGAGUGAAUAAAGAUGUUUGAAAUAAAAUGAAUACAAGGGAUGGUCAAGGAUUGUAACCAGUAAUAUCAAAACAAAAUGCAUUUCGACUGAAAGUGUAUCUGGCUGGCCCCAGCCGUGGCACAACUGGCUGGGGCACCUGCACCGU